AAAUUAAUGUAUUUUAGAUGACUGAUGAACAAUCGACAUCGGCCGCCCAGCCCAACUUUGCGCCCAUGACCGAAGCCGAGGGCAACAAUGAAAGAGCUGUUUGGGUGACCCCAGCCCAAGUUGCUUUUGACAAAACAGUGUUUCAAGGCAUAAAAAACAUAAUAGGAGGACACUUUCUUGGCAUUUGGGCCUCCUACUCCGAUGUUGAUCCCAAGGUCCGCGAACUAUUGUGGAACCUAUUUAAGGCUCGCUAUCGCUGGACUCACGCAAACGGUGCUGAUAUUCUUAGAGCCUACAAUUAUAGGAUUUCGGCCUGGCUUCGGCCCACUUUUAAGCGUGCCCGAAACAGUGGGAGAAAGCCUAAAUGGGUUUCGGAUGAAGUGUGGACCAACCUUUGUCGCCACUCGUCUUCGGAUCCGAAAUUCUUGGCCAGAAGUCAAUCCGGUAAGAAAAACCGGAUGUCCGAGAAGGCCUUGGAGACGCAGUGGCAUGGGGGUCGCAAAUCCCAGUAUGCCCAUAAAGAAACUCUUGCUGGUCCUGAGAAGAAGAAGGUUAAUAUUCUCAACCUCGUCAAGCAUUGCUGGACAAAGCACGGUGAGGAGUCUGAAGCCAAUCUGCCACCCCGCCUCGCUGAGUUCGAAUCGAAGUACAAUGAAUCCGUUGACAGGCGGCGUGCGGAGCGAGGCUUGACCCAGGAGGAUGAGCUCGAUUCCGAUGCGGAUGAUGAGGCGGCCAUUGAGGCGGCCGGGGUUUACAAGGGUCGGGUUCCGAGCUUGGGAGCUGAGGGGCAACGGAUUUUGUAUGAUCGAAGCACCGGCGCUUCCUCUUCUCAGUCAAGGUGCGGAGAAGAUCCUCGUAUGGCCCAAAUGCAGCGUGAACUGCAGGAGCACGAACGGCGAUGGGAGGAGCAGCGGAAAAGAGAGGAAGAAACAAAAGCCCGGAUGGAGGAGAUGGAACGGUUCAUGCGUGCCGGAUUCCAGCCUCCGCACCAGCCUUUUCCUACCCCGUACGUAUUCCACCCUGAGCAAACUCCUCAAGUUCCGCACAUGGGCGGUAAGGGUCUUUUCUCCAACUCCGGACACGGUGGCAUGCCUAUGAUCUCCCCGAAUUUCGGAUCUAUGUCCUUUGAUUUUGCGAGGUCAUCCGGAGGAGGUAGUGGUACACCAAGCCAUGGAGCCCGAGGAGGACCCCGAGGAGGAACCCGACCCGAUGACCCCGUGCAGCAGCCCGAAGACCCCCCCGUGAACCCAGAUGAGUUUCUUGUUGAUGAUGAUGAAGAUGAAGAAAAUCCUAAUUUUUUUCAUAAUGGAGUCCGACGAUGAACAGACAUGUAAUCAUCAUACAUUUAUACUUUGUUGUAUGUCAUAACAUUUAAAAGUUUGUCAUAAUAUUUAUUAAG